AUGCCGGGCUCUUGGAUCUGGGGUGCGCUGGGCAGGUUGGCGUGGCUCUCCUUACUUGCGCCAAGCGCUUUGAUAAUGCUCCUCGUUCCCCCAGCAUCUCUGGCGCAUCCACAGCCGUGUCAGAUUCUGAAGAGGAUCGGACACACGGUGAGAGUCGGAGCUCUGCACCUACAGCCUCGAGUGGUCAGGCUGGAUUCCCUCAGAGGGAGAGAUCCGGACGGGGAAGCAGACAGAGAAACGUGGGAAGAGUGGGACACGACCACCCAAAGUAGGCACGAGCAAGACUGGAGGGGCAUCAGGACUAAAAGCUCAGCGAAUAACCCCCACAAGGCCUCCAAAAGUAAAACCGCACUCAAACAAGUGGGUACGGACGCUGUGUUUCUACCUCGAGACUCUGUUAUACUCGCUACAGAGAGCCUCAAUCGAGUGGCGGGGCUUUUACCCUACAACCUCACCCUUGAGAUAGUCAUGGCCGUGGAAGCAGGACUUGGAGAAUUACCUGCUUUCUCCUUCUCCUCAUCAUCUACACCUGCCUGCGCCGAUCCCGCAUCGUUCCUGCAAAGUGUUUGCCACACUGUCAUCGUGCAAGGAGUUUCUGCCAUCAUCGCGUUCCCGCAAAACAGGGAUGAACUGGUGAAGUUGGAAUUUAUCGCCACGACGCUACAGAUUCCAGUAAUCAGCGUAGUCCGGAGCGAAUUCAAACGCCAGAGUCAGAACUCACUUCAUUUCCAGAUGGCCAUGCAAAACCCUCAAACCUCUCAAGCAGAUCUCAUCUUCUCCCUGCUGUCCAUGAAUAACUGGUAUGAUGUCAGUCUGGUGAUGUGUCAACAGAUGAAUAUUUCAGACUUUGUUUUCUUGCUCCAUAACAACUCCAAAUUUCAUCUGGGGACAGUUCUCAAGAUAUCCACCAACGGCAGCUCCAAAAGUGACUUUCAAAUGUCCCUGCAAGUUCAACUGGAGUCCAUCAAGGACUCGACAUCUACUAUAGUGACCUUUGGAUGUGACAUCAGGGAUAUAAGGAGAAUCUUUACUACCAUUGCAAAAUUUGGUCUGAUUCUUCCCGAUUACCACUGGAUUAUAGGAGACUUGCAGAAUGUGGAGGAAUUACGGACAGAGGGGCUGCCCAUGGGUCUUCUUGCACACGGUGGCAUGGGUGAGCCCUCGCUGGAUCAUUACGUCCAGGAUGCUUUGGAGCUGGUGGCACGAGCGGUGGGAUCGGCUGCCACUCUGUCUCCAGAACUGGCGCUGAUUCCUGGCAUCACAAACUGCUUGGCAAGACUUGAGACUAAAAAUCUCACAUCAGGAAUCUUUCUUUCCAGAUACAUGGCCAGCAUGUCUUUCGACGGCAUGAGCGGCUACGUCAAUGUUCAAGAGGAAUCGACCAUCAUCUCUGAAAGCCAUCACUUCAUCUGGAAUCUCCAGCACGACCCAAUAGGCAAGCCCAUGUGGACGCGCCUUGGCAGCUGGAAGCAAGGCAAAGUGGUUAUGGAUUACGGUGUUUGGCCUAAUAAGAGACAGUUUCAGCCAGGAGCGGACUGGCGGCAUUCCUCACGUCUACACUUGCGCGUCGUCACCCUAGUAGAACAUCCGUUUGUCUUCACCCGAGACGUUGAUGAAGAAGGCCUGUGCCCGGCUGGCCAGCUGUGCCUUGACCCCCUAACAAACGACACAGCCUUAUUGGGAAGCCUUUUUCAGGGUUUGCAAGGUGCCAACGACAGCAUCCCCAUGGAGUUUAAAAAAUGUUGUUAUGGAUAUUGCAUUGAUCUGUUGGAGAAGCUGGCGGAGGACAUGGGGUUUAAAUUUGACCUCUAUAUCGUCGGAGAUGGGAAAUAUGGAGCUUACAAGAACGGUCGCUGGACUGGGUUGGUCGGGGACCUCAUGAGUGGAGCUGCACAUCUGGCCGUCACGUCCUUUAGCAUCAACUCAGCACGCAGUCAGGUCAUCGACUUCACCAGCCCCUUCUUCUCCACCAGUCUGGGAAUCCUCGUCAGGACUAGGGAUACCGCCGCUCCCAUCGGCGCCUUCAUGUGGCCCCUGCACUGGAGUAUGUGGCUGGGAAUAUUUGUGUCUUUACACGUGACGGCCGUGUUCCUGACCUUGUAUGAGUGGAAAAGCCCAUUUGGCAUGACUCCGAGGGGAAGGAACAGGGACCGUGUCUUUUCUUUCUCCUCUGCGCUAAAUGUUUGCUACGCAAUCUUAUUCGGCAGGACUGCCGCCAUUAAGCCGCCAAAGUGUUGGACCGGCAGAUUCCUCAUGAACCUCUGGGCCAUAUUCUGUUUGUUCUGCCUGUCAACAUACACGGCUAAUCUCGCCGCUGUCAUGGUUGGUGAAACCUAUGAGCAACUCUCAGGUAUACAUGAUCCCAAGCUUCACCAUCCAUCACAAGGUUUCCGCUUCGGAACCGUUCGGGAGAGCAGCGCUGAGGACUAUGUGAAAAAAAGCUUCCCAGAGAUGCAUGAAUACAUGAGGCGAUAUAAUGCCCCUACAACCCCUGAAGGGAUAGAUCAUCUUAAGGAUGAUCCCCAAAAGCUGGAUGCUUUUAUAAUGGACAAAGCACUUUUAGACUAUGAAGUGUCUAUUGAUGCUGACUGCAAGAUGCUGACAGUGGGAAAGCCUUUUGCGAUUGAAGGCUAUGGCAUUGGGCUCAAACAGAACUCUCCUCUGACCUCAAAUAUCUCUGAGCUGGUCAGUCAGUACAAAUCUGAUGGAUUUAUGGACAUGCUGCAUGAUAAGUGGUAUAAGGUGGUACCUUGCGGUAAAAGAAGCUUCGCAGUCACAGAGACGUUACAGAUGGGUAUAAAGCACUUCUCAGGGUUAUUUGUCAUGCUGUGCGUUGGAGUGGCCGUGUCUCUGCUCACCACUCUGGGUGAACACAUCGUCCAUCGCUGGCUGAUACCCAGAAUGCAGCAGUCGUCACAGCAUAAGUACUGGCUCCACACCAGUCAAAGAUUACAUCGAGCACUUAACCCGACUUUCAAAGAAGACAAAUUACAGACGGUUGCAAAACUGGAGAAAAGCUGCAAUGUUGAAAACAACCAACAAAUUCCAUGGAACUCUUUGGGAACCUCCAGCUGCAACAGACGGAAACUGUCCAAUCAAGACGGACAACAAAAUGACCUGGAAUGUUGUCACUGUAAAGAGCUGUUGUCCCCACAGGACAAUAGACAGCUUCCGUUACAGGCCACAUCCAACGGAAGAACCGACUUGCUGGGCCUUUCCCAGAACCCCAUAGUACAGGAACUGACAGACCUGGAAACACAAAUUCAGCUUAUCAAAAAGCAACUACAGCUUGCCAUGAAGAAGAAAAAAGAGCUGGAACAGUAUCAGAAGACAAAGACUUCAACCGAGUCCUAGACUCGUGGGAGAUUUGGCUGGAGUUUUAUGGGUUACAUUGUUCAAAGGCUUGGACCUACCGGUUGAUUAUUUCAAUUGCAGCUCCUAAGGGAAGCGAGACUUUCUCUGCACAUUCUCUGAAGUCCUUUUUUAUUUAGACUCUUUUUUUUUUUUUUGAUUUCUCAUUGAACUGAACUUGAAAAAAAAGGACAGAAGAGAAGAAAUGAAGCCGGAUAUAAAAAUUGGAUAUAAACAGUGUUUAUUUCUGUAUUCCCAGAAGUUAAAUUCUGAGGAUACCUUGUUUUUAUGCGGCAACGUGGAAAAAGACAGUGCGUAACUGCCUAAAGGGAAGACAUUUAUGUGUCAAAAUGACAUUUAUUUAAGGUGUCAAACUGUGAUGUAUGAUAACGUCUCCUGCAUAUUGAUACACAGACCUGAGAACAUUUUUUAAGAAGAAAGCCGUGCCGUCGUCUCUGGAGUUGUUACGAGAAAGUGUUAACCUUGAACACGCGCUGUUAACCUUGAAUUGUUAUGUUUCUAUGAAU